AUGCAAAGUCGAGCCGCUUCUUCAAAUCCUUCCGCGAAGGCUUCAGCCAGCCAAGAUAAAGAUAUUAGCGCUUUGCGUCGGAAACGUGGCCAAAUAAUCGGCCAUUUGACUUCAUUUACAAAGUUUCUCGAGCAAUACGAAAAGACAGUAGACCGCGAUAGGCACUUGAUGCAAGCCCAUCUCGAUGGAACAGCACAGGCGUGGAAAAAAUUCGACGACAUUCAAGACGCUAUCGAAGAACUAGACGAAAAUGAGACAGAUCGCCGAUUCGAAUUGCAUAACAAUUACUACGCCGUCACAGCACGGGCUAGAAAACUCUUAGACGAAGAUCUCCACGCGACCACGAAUACUCGCGCAGCAUUCUCACCCACUAUAUCUACAUCCGCGCCCAUCACCGUAAAAUUGCCAGAAAUGCGUUUACCCACCUUUGACGGGACCAUAGAGGAUUGGGACUCCUUCUUCGAUAUAUUCGAAUCGACCAUCGAUCGAAACGAAAACCUGACACCGGUGCAAAAACUACAGUACCUGCGCAGUGCAUUGACCAGAAGGGCCGCUACCUGCGUUCGAUCUUUAACAACAAGGGGUUCGAACUACGAGGUUGCGAUCGAAUUACUUAAACAAAAAUUUGAUUGCACACGCCGUAUUCUACUACGCCACGUAGACGCGAUUCGCGAUCUUCCAAGAUUAUCACGGGAAACUCCAGAGGCACUAGGAGAACUUGUCGAUACGUAUAACUUACAUCUGCGCGCGUUGAAGAAUAUGGGCGAGCCGAUCGAGGCGUGGAAUACCGUGUUAAUCUCCAGCAUCUUAUCGAAAAUCAGUUACGAGACCGCGUGGCAAUGGGAACUGACGUUAACAAAUAAAAAGAUGCCAGCGUAUAACACCCUAGUAGAUUUUUUGGAAAAACGGGCAAAUUGCGCGUCAGCCAUAAAACCGCCCUUUGGAAAAAGGGAUUAUAAGGACUCGCGACAGACAUCAUCAACCGCCCCAAAGACCGUACCGCCGCGGUCAUACGCGUUCAUCACGACACAAACCCAACGAUCGUGUCCCAAUUGUCAAGGACCGCAUGACAUCUGGGCAUGCGAGAAUUUCCUCGCUAACACAGCGUCUAAGCGUUUUGAGAUCACUCGAAAAAUACGUCUCUGCACAAAUUGUCUUCGACCAGGGCAUUCAGCAGAAAGAUGCAACAGUAGCUCGUGCCGCGUGUGCAACAGUCGACAUCACACACUACUGCAUCGGAAGGAAAAUUCACGUCGACAUUCAUCGUCACCCAGAGCCAUACAACGUACGCGAACAUCAUCGUCCUCAUCGUCAACACCGCCGCCCUCGCCAACGAAAUCGUCGCGCAGAUCAGGAUCUCCACCCGAAAGAUCACGGACAGACCACAAUAGCCAACGAAAACCGCAACGGAAGUUACGUCCAAAUAAAUCAAGGCCGCAAUCACCCGGAAGCGAGAGUCCAAAAUCCGAUUGA